CAAGCCAUGGAGCCCGGCGCCCCGCUAGACCUCCGCGACGUCGAGCAAAAGCUGGGGCGCAAAGUGCCCGAGAGCCUGGCGCGGCCGUUGCGCGGGGAGGAGCUCCCGGGACGCCCCGCCGCCGCGCCUGCCCGCGGCUCCGCCGCGGCCCCCGGCCCCCGCCGCCGCCGCGCCGCCGCCCUGGCCAGGCUGGAGACGAAACUUCACCUCCUGAGGCAGGAGAUGGUUAAUCUCCGAGCCACUGAUGUGAAGCUUAUGCGCCAGCUACUCAUCAUCAAUGAAAGUAUUGAAUCAAUCAAGUGGAUGAUUGAGGAGAAGGCCAUUGCCAGCAGAGGUAGCAGUCUGAGUGGCAGCCUGUGCAGCUUGCUGGAAAGUCAGGAGACAUCCAUCCACGGCAGCUGUAACAGUUUACACGACUGUAGUGAUGGACUGGAUGGAAUAUCAGUGGGGAGUUAUUUGGACACCUUAGUGGAUGAUGUCCCUGGUCACCAGACCCCUUCAGAUAUGGACCAGUUCAGUGAUUCUUCUAUUAUGGAGGACUCACAGCCUCUGCAUAAGCAUCCCAAAAUUGAUUCUGAUGAGUACUACUGUUUUGGUUAAGAAAAACAAGUUCCAGUGGGACACAAAUGCACUUGUACUUAUCCUUUUUCUUUGCUGCUAUUUUAUUUCAUGUGCAAACCCCCCAAACUUCUCUUGGAAGGGAAACAUAAUAUGAUACUUUGAUUCCACUUCAUAAUUUUUCUGUUGCUUCUAAUACAUUUUCUCCUUGGUGGGCUGGGGUUUCCUCCUCACCUUUUCUUUUUCUUAAUUUAUUGUUGCAAUUUUUCUUUUUUUGUUUUAAUUUUUUUACAGUGCUGUAUUUACAGGUCUUUAAAAGUGGUGAAGGAAAAGCUUUAUCUUUAGAAUGAGAUAUCAGGGAACGAGAACAACAGUUUUGUAUUUGUUGGCAAUAAAAUA